GUAUAUACAGUCGCUGCUAUAUGUCAAUAAACAAGAGCUUCUAGUAGUCGACUACAAUUUAUUUUUUGUACGUCCACUCACAAAGUGCAGAAGAAAUUUCGCAAACAUGUUUCGUUUUCUCGUGGUGGCCGCGGCACUUUUCGUGCUGAUCGAUGGCCAAACAAAAAUCCAGAGAAUUAAAUUGCACAAGAUGGAUUCUAUACGAAAAGCUUUGAAGAAAGCUGGUCUUGACGUGCAACAAAUUUUAGCCGAAGAUAAUACAGGAGCGGAAGGUUUGACCAAUUAUCUAGACAUGGAGUACUAUGGUCAAAUCAGUAUCGGAACUCCACCGCAAACCUUUACAGUAAUAUUUGAUACUGGUUCCUCAAAUCUUUGGGUGCCAUCGCAAAAAUGCCAAUCUGAUAAUCAAGCUUGCGCAUUACAUCAUAGAUACGAUAGUAGCAAAUCGACCACAUAUGAAGCAAAUGGUAAACCGUUUGCUAUUCAGUAUGGCACUGGCAGUCUGUCUGGAUUCUUAUCUACUGAUGUAGUAAAUGUUGCCGGCCUCAAUGUUCAACACCAAACAUUCGCAGAAGCAACCUCUGAGCCUGGCUCAACGUUCGUUUAUGCGCAAUUUGACGGUAUCUUGGGUUUGGGCUAUGACACGAUAUCCGAAGAUGGAGUGACGCCUGUCUUCUACAACAUGGUCCAACAAGGCCUAGUAGAACAACCUAUUUUUAGCUUCUAUCUGAAUCAAGAUGACUCUUCGGCCGAGGUAGGUGAAUUGAUAUUUGGUGGUACUGAUCCUGAUCAUUACGUCGGUGAGAUCACAUACGUUCCUGUUACUCAACAAGGAUACUGGCAAUUUGCUCUGGAUGGUGUCAAAGUAGGUGAUAAAUACAUGGUCGUGGCUGGCUACCAAGCUAUCGCUGACACGGGUACCUCACUAAUAGUUGGACCAUCAGACAUUAUCGACGUUAUUAACCAAAAAAUUGGAGCUGAUAGUAAUGGAAACGUGGACUGCAGUCAGCUUUCUAAUUUGCCUACAAUUAGUUUUAUUGUGAAUAGUGGAACAUACUUAGGUCUUACUCCUGACUAUUAUAUUAUUCAAGAUCAAGGAACAUGUAUAAGCGGCUUCUCAGGAUCUGACUCAUCGCUAUGGAUUCUGGGCGAUGUAUUUCUUCGUCGUUACUAUAGCGUGUAUGAUCAGGGAAAUAACCAAGUGGGAUUUGCUCAGUCGAAAUAAAUGUCAAUUGCCCUGUUUUGAAGUUAUACCGUUAGACAUUAGAUAUAAAUGACAACCUUGCAAAAAAUGAAAAAAAAAUUCUUUUUUUAUAACAUUUAAUGCUUAUUGUUUCGUAAUUUUUAAUUAUAAUUAUUUAUGCGGUGCACUGUUAUAAACGGAUAUUUUUGUGAUAUAUUCAAAAAUUAAAAUAAAGAUAUAUGCGAAAUUUUCCAUCAAUAUAAUUUGAUGUAUCUAUUAUAUAUUGUCCAAAUACAAAUAAAUAUG